GCCGGGUUGGAUGGGCUGCAAAGCGCGGGUACAGGUCCACGCCUCGGGGUGUUGGGAUGCCAGGAGGCCCGGGCCCCUCUGUGCUCCCCCUAAGUUCCCUUCCCCUGGCCUGAGCCUCCCAGCGCCGUGGGAACUACCUCUCGCUCUCCGUUGCUGGUCCGCAUCCUAGGAACGGCCUGUCACCCUCCCUACCUCGGCAUGUCCCCUCUACUAUGGGACGGGCAUGCGACUGGGGAGCCCAGUGGAGGCGCCCUCCCGAGGCAGUACUACUGCCCAUGCUGACUACCCAGCCCUCUGGCUGCCGAUGUCAUGAGUAACACCACAGUGCCCAAUGCCCCACAGGCCAGCAGCGACUCCAUGGUGGGCUAUGUGUUGGGGCCCUUCUUCCUCAUCACCCUGGUCGGGGUGGUGGUGGCCGUGGUAAUGUAUGUCCAGAAGAAAAAGCGGGUGGACCGGCUUCGCCAUCACCUGCUCCCUGUGUACAGCUACGACCCUGCUGAGGAGCUGCACGAGGCUGAGCAGGAGCUCCUCUCUGACGUGGGAGACCCCAAGGUGAGCACUCUGGGGACAGCGAGAAUCAGCAGAGGUGGGCCUGCUCUAUUGAUACCCCUGAAGACAGAGCCUGGUUCUGCUCUCAGCCUUCCCCAUGUGGGCCGUGGCUAGUGGGGUGCCUCCUCCCAAGUUGUGCUGCGGACUGUGCCCUGUGGUGCGGGUCUCCUCC